CUUCUCGAAGCCCCUAGAUUCCCUCCAAUAAACAGUUUCUCUGGUUAAUCCCUUAGUUUGACUCUUUUUAACGGUAUUUUAAACUCAUUAAAAUCCCAACAGAUAAACAAAUAUUGAAACUACCAUAAAAGCCACCAAGUUCUGUUCGCUAACUUUCCAAAUACCAAUCAGAACCCUCUCUUCACUUAUUGUUUACCUCACAAUAACAUUCUCCCAGCUGUCAUCGGUGUCAAAGUACUAUUAAAUCCCUGAAAAUUGUGAAACAAUCCCUACCAAUCGUGCGGAAUUGUCCACAAACAGGGAAAACUGAAGAAUGGCAUUAGCUCACUCCCUGAACAUGGUUGACAUCGUCCACCUUAACGUAGGAGGCACCAGGUUCUCGACCUCCCGUCAAACUCUCACCUGGAUCCCAGACUCAUUCUUCACUGCUUUAUUGAGCAACAGAAUCGCCAGCAGGAGGGAUGAGACUGGAGCCCUCUUCGUGGACAGAGAUCCCAAAAUGUUCUCCAUAAUCCUCAACUACCUUCGAACGAGGGACAUAGACCUCCGAAACACUGACAUCAGGGCGUUGAGACAUGAAGCAGAGUACUACGGUAUUACCCCGUUGAUCAAGAGACUAAUUCUCUGCGAGGACUUAACCCAGUCGUCCUGUGGAGAUGUUCUGUUCUAUGGAUAUCUGCCACCGCCCAGUAUUCCCCUUCAGGAGCCUGCGGCGGUUCCUCCUGUGGCUGAUGUCUCGGUGCAUGGGAGGGCGUCCUCCGGAGGACGUCCAGAGGUCGCAGGAACAUCGAAUGGUCCUGGUGGAGGGCAAGCAGCUGCUGCUACAGUUUCAGGCACUAGUGGACAGAAUCAAAAACCCUCCCUGAGCAAUCAUUCCAGGAACUCCUCCUUGGAUUACCGAGUACCGCAGCGAAGUCUCCAGCACUCGAGGAAUCCCUCACUGGAUCUCAGACACGUUCGCAAUAGCUCGGCAGAUAUGAACAAACUGUUUAAGAACGAAGUAGGGCUAGUGUUUGGACCCCACCAGAUUUCGGGGUGGGUCGACCCUCUCAGGGUGCAGAUCAUCAAGGCUCAUCACAACUGGAUCGUCAUUGCUUAUGCUCAUUUUAUCACGUGUUAUAGAUUGAAAGACUCUUCAGGAUGGCAGCACGCGUUUACUAGUCCUCACAUAGAGGCAAUCAUCGAGAGAGUAGCGAUAAAUGCUAAAAUGGGCACUGGAGCUGAUGGUAAGAUGGUAGCUAUCGCUUAUGGAUCACAAGUGAGACUGUGGAGUGUCUCUGAGGAGGGCAUCAAGACGAAUAUUGGAACAUUUAACUUGAACGUAAGGGUUGAGUAUCUGUUCUUCAUUGGGAGUCAGCUUGUAGCUCUGUCUCAAACUGGGAAGAUUGGUGUCUGGCACGCCAUGUCUCAGCAUUGGCAGAUCCAGGAUGUCGUCUCUAUCUCUUCCUUUGACACUGCUGGAUCCUUCUUACUCCUAGGGUGCAAUAAUGGAUCGAUUUAUUAUAUUGAUAUGCAAAAGUUCCCUCUGAGAAUGAAGGAUAAUGAUCUCCUGGUGACUGAACUCUACAGGGAUCCAAAUCUCGACCCAAUAACCGCAAUAUCUGUUUACCUCACUCCGAAAACAACAGGUCUCUGUGGGAAUUGGAUUGAGAUUGCCUAUGGCACUAAAUCGGGAAGUGUCAGGGUUAUUGUACAGCAUCCGGAGACAGUGGGACAUGGUCCACAAUUAUUUCAGACGUUUACUGUUCAUCAGAGUAGUGUGACGAAGGUGACGCUGUCUGAAAAAUACCUCGUCUCAGUCUGUUCUGAGUACAACCACGUGCGAUCCUGGGCAGUAACUAGAUUUCGCGGAAUGAUAUCGACCCAACCGGGCUCGACCCCGGAGGCCUCCUUCAAGAUAGUUUCACUAGACUCAAUGGAGACAUCCGUCAGUUACACAGCUGGUAACGACUUCGGUCCCUUUGGCGAGCAGUACGAUGAACAGGUGUUCGUCCAGAAGGUCGUCCCCGAGACAGACCAACUAUUCGUUCGUCUCGCCUCCAACGGAAAGAGAGUUUGUGUUAUACAGUCAGUGGACGGUUCAGUUAUCACUUCCUUCUGUGUUCAUGAGUGUGAGGGAUCCAGCAGGAUGGGCUCCAGACCCAGGAGAUUCAUAUUCACCGGGCACUCCAACGGUGCCAUCCAGAUGUGGGAUCUUACAACUGCUCUCGAUCCCUGUUAUGAUGCUCAGAAGACGAGGGAUUUUACUGGGGGACCGACCCCUGAGGAACUCUGGAAACUUCUCGAUCAGUGUGACUUGAGCAACAGUCAUUGCUCGACUCCCUGCAUUAGCCCCUGCCCCUCGGUCGUAUCCUCAGGACCCAGGUUAAAAGCUAGUAAUGUACAGUUCUUGAACCAGUCGCAGUUUAAUUCGGACGGGGCGGGUUCCAGUCAAUCGUGAAGGGUAGGGAUUAAUUAUGAAAUCCUGUAGUGAAGUGGUAACAUUAGGUAAGUUUACUUAUUUCCUUUCAUGUUUUCUGACGUAUAUCUCAAAUCAAAAAUUAAACUAAAAAAACAGUUUAUUUUAUGUUCGUCAAGAAACAAAACUGGAAAUAAACGAAUUUGCCUUCUCUUACCACUUCACUUCAGAAUUGUUAAAUUAUUUCAAUGAAUUUAAAAGAUGAGAGAGGGUUGAUCAGCUUUCAAUGGGCAAUCGCUUAGGAUAGACUGAAUGAAUUUUGGAUUUUUUUUAUUUUCGAGGAUUUUUUUAGAUUUGGAAAUGAGACGUGUUUUGUUUCAAUUGUAUUAUUUCAUUCAUUUAAGGUAUUUAUGGGGGAAUGAUCAAAGAAAGUCACGAUAAUUCCCAGUUCUGUUUUAUAUACUGAUUUUUAAUCGAAUUGGUUCCCUAGUUAUUGUAUUUAUUUUCGCUGCUCAAAAUGAAGGGAACAUUUUAAGAAUUUGAUAUUUACUAGGUGAAUCUCGAAUUAAAAUGGCAAAUUGAGAAUCGUUUGACCACUAAUUAAUAUUGAAGAAUUUGUUGAAUCUAAAAGAUAUAUUUAAUAGAUUUAAUUCCUUGAUUUGAGGAGAUUGUAUAACCGACUGUCUUUCUUCUGUGAUCUCAAUGAAAUCAAUAAACUCAUCAAUAAAUCAUCA